AUGUUUAAUAAUAAAUCUAAAAAGCCUUCAUUAUUGUAUGUUGAAUGUAAAUCAAGAGAUAAUUCAAGAAGAAAUUCAAAGAUUAGUGAUAUACUUAAUGAUACUAUGAAUAAGGAAAAUUCAAAUUAUUAAUCAAACUAUAUACCAAAUACUGCAAAAAAGAUAGAUAGAACUAUUGGAAGUUUGAACAAGAUGUAUAAAUAAGCAAUUUAAGAUCAAUAAAAUUUGUAAGAAUAAGCAUCAAUGUUAAUGGAAGACUUGAAUGGGAAGUUAUUGUAAAGAGCUGAAUUGAUUGGUCAAGUUGAAGAAUUAGAGGAAUUAAUAGAAUUUCAUAAAUUACAAAGCAAUUUUGAAUUUAAUUUUGCUACUAAAAUAGAAUAGUUAGAUAUACAAAUCUAAUAGUUAAAAAAAUCAACUUCAUUUAAAUUAUCAGGGAACACAGCAGAUUUGAUACGAGAUAGAGAAUAGUAACAUAAAGAAUUAAAAGAGAAAAUCAAUUAAGAAACGAUGAUUGCUAUGAAAACUUAUUUAUAAUAAUGGGGUAAAGUAUUAUAUUUUAAAUAUAAGGUCAUUAAUUUGAGACUAUUAAAAACUAAUAUGGAAAUGAAGUAUAUCAACAAGUUCUAAAAGAAUAAGAAUAAUAAAUUAAUCAAUUAAUCUCAUAAUAAUAUAAUAAAAAGAUAUAAGGUAUUAUAUAGAUACUUAGAAAUCAAGAGAAAUUAGAAAAAGCUAUUCAAUUAAAUAUUGAAUAUGUUGAUAAUUCAUUAAAUGAAGACAUUUAUAUAAUUAAAUAAACAAUGAAUUAAAAGAAAUAAUUAGUAUAAAAUAUUAGAAAUAAUCUUUUGGAAGAAGAUUAAUCUAAAUUUUAAUUGUUAAAAAGAGUAGAAGUUCUUGAACAAGAGAAUUAAUAAUUGGAAUAAUAAUUAAAUGAAAUUACAAUGAAAAAAGAUCUUUAUUAAUUAGAAAUAUUAAAUAAACAAAAAACUGAAGAAAUAUAUAAUGAAAUAUUAACAGGUUUUGAUUGUUUAUCAUAAAUAGAUAAUGAUAAUGAAGAUCAGAAAAGUGAUAAUAGUAAUUCUUAACUUAAAAGUUGUACUAAUAUUUUAAGCAAUAUCAAUAAAUAAACAAAAAAAGUGUUAAGUAAUCACUUAAAUAAAGAUGAUUCAUUACAUUUUAGUUAAUUACAAUAGUAUUUACAAAUAAACAGUAUAGAUGGAGAAUCAAACUCUAAAUGUUCAUCAGCUUGUUAAUUAUCUGCUGAUGAUUCAUUAUUAUAACAUUUUAAUGAAUUAAAUUUAACAUUACUUCAGUCAGAAAAAUCUAAAAAUAAUUUUUGUAAUAUGCCAUUGUAGUAAUAAUAAUAAUAAUAAUAAUAAUAAUAAUAAUAAUAAUAAUAAUAAUAAUAAUACAAUUAUUAUAAUUAAAAGAAUAUAUCUAUAGAAAACUAAAAUUAAUAAAUUGAUUUUAUUAGAUUAUAAACAAUUACUGAAGAAUAAUUAAGUUCAAAAAGAGAAAAAUCUAAAAUGGAAUAAUCAACUAAAAUCAAUACAACUCCUAUUCAUUAAAAUGGUUAAAAUUAUUUAAACUUGCAUAAAGUUUAAGCAGUUGAUAAUUCAUCCUAAAGUAUUGGAGCUCCAUUAUCCGAUUAGACAAAACGUUUUACUAAUAGAUUAGGCUCAUCCUAAUUGUAAAUGUCUAAUUAUAAUGAAGUCACUUAGAAAUAAAUAUAAAUACCAUCUCCAUAUAUGCCACUAUUUUUCAACAAUUAAGCAUCAAAUCCAUAGACUUAAAAAAGUUAACAACCUUAAAUUUUUAAAUUUAAGGAAUAAAAUUUAUUAUCUGAAUAAAUACAAAAACAUAAAAAAUCUAAAUCUUUUGAUUCAACUGGAAAUAAAGAAAUUUAAUAAAGAUAAUUAUUUUGUAAUGUUUCUACAAAUAAUGGAUAAACAUAUUAUAAUUCAAAAGAUUCUUAAUAUUUCUCAAAUAAAUCUAAUCAAUUGGUUCCUAUAGAAUAAGACUUACUCAAAAUAACAAAACCUUUACAAAAAGGUGUUAUUAUUUUCAAAAGGUUUACAUCUACUAAACCCAAUUUAACAAAGAUGGAAUUUGAUCCUUUUACUUGUUAAAAUCCAAAUAUUUGUGGAUAUUGUUCUAGAAUUAUGACAUUGUCAUAGAAUUUAGAUAAGAUUGAAUUUAAAAAUUAAUUGAGAGUUAAUGUAAGAUAUAUUAUAUUAUUUAGCAAGUUGAUUCAAUUUUAUAAUUAGAUUAAAUAAUGAGAGUAAUUAUUCCAAAAACAAUUUUAUAGAGUAUUUAAAUAAAGAAAUAAAUAUAAAAUAAAUUUAUUUUAAGUAAAGAAGAAAGAAUUGUUUGUGGAAUAGUAUAUUGGCCUAUGUCAAUCAUUACUAAAAAUGAUGGUAGAAUAGAAUUAUUGUUUGAUAGUGAAGAAAUAAUGGAAUAAUGGUAAACAAGUCUUAUAUUUCUCAAAGAUAACAUAAAAACACUUUAAAUCAUCAAUAAAAAAUUAAAAAGAUGA